AUGAUGAAUAACCCACAAUUCUUGGGAAAUAAGAAGGGUGGUCAAGAUAUGCCACAUGUCAUCAUCCUUUCCAAUGAAGGAGACAAAGCAUGGAACAACCGGGAAGAAAACACUCAGACAAUGAAUAACAGACAUGUCUUGGGCAAUAACUAUGGUGCUCAAGUUAUACCACGUAUCCUCAUCUUUUGUGAUGGCAAAGGAGGCAAAGCACAAAACACUUGGGGAAAGAACACUCAGACGAUGAAUAACAAACAGAUGUUGGGGAAUAACAGUGGUGGUCGAGAUAUUGCACAUGUCCUCAUCCUUUGUGAUGAUGAAAUGGACAAAACACAGAUCAAACAGAAAGAGAACACUCAGAUGGUGAAUAACCCAGGAGUCUUGGGAAAUAACGAAGGUGGUCAAGAUACGCCAAGGGUCCUCAUCCAUUCUCAUGGGAAUUCCACCACAGAAAUAAAAUCUGAGACAACGAUUUACCCAAUUUCAGUGAAAAAUGAGAUUAAACAAGAAAAUAUUUACUCAGAAUCUCACUUCAUCACUCCUGGUUAUGGAUAUCUUGGUGAUCCAAAAAGAAAUGUCACGAUUCAUAAAGUGUUUUUGAUGAAUGCACAAAAGAAGCCCGAACCUAAACAUGCAGCCCGCUACUUGGUUCGCAAUUUGUUCUCCAGAGAAGUCCUUCUUUGCAGUAUAGCAGUUACCAGUAACAGCCGACGAAACCCUAAAAACCGCCAACCCCUAGAUCCAAAUAUAAUGGCUGCAUUAAGAGAGCAUCUGGUAACAAAUUUUCCCAACCAUGAUUUGCAUGAAUGUGGAGGAGAAUGGAAAGCCUGUAUUUCCUAUGUCAAUUCUCUGCUCCGUUAUUUACGUUCUGCAGCCCAAAAAAAAGCACAGAAAACUGUUGUCCCCACCAAACGCAGUACACCAGCAUCUGUAGAUUUGGAUGAUGAAAGGGAUGCUGAUGGUGAUAAAGGCAGUUUCCUAUUACCUAAGCAAGAAGUUGCCUCAGAAACAAAUGCAAAUGGGAAUUCUCAGCCAAACAGCAUUGCUGUCCCUGAAGGAUUUGAAGGACCUUCCACUAGUGCUUCAAUGGCACCUUACAGAGAAUUACACUAUAUUGGAAAUCCAAGUAGAAAUGUACAGGUGUCAUAUUCAGUACUGAUGAUAGCAAAAAGAAAGGCUUGCCCGCAGAUGUCAGCCAGCUAUCUUAUUGGCCAGCUGUUUCCAGAGGAAGUCCUACUAAACAGUACCAUCUAUGGCAAUCUGUGGCAAGGCGUAUGUGCCCUUAACUACAAUAUGAUUAGUGCUCUCCGAGAGUUUCUCCAAGAAAACUACCCGAGAUGUGAUCUAUCAGAAAGUGGACGUGAAUGGAAGAUGUGUGUUAAAUCUAUGAAUUACUAUAUCCGUACUCUUAAACAUGGAUACAGCAAUUACACAUCUGAAUCAUCGUCAGUUUCAGAAAUGAUCUCUUCUUCAUCAAAUUCAGAGUCAUCGGAUACUGAUUUAAGUGAUUAA